AUGCCUACUAUCGAAGUCCAAACUGUCCACAACUCGGGACACGACUACAGGAUUCUUUGCCAGAGCAAAAAGUUCAAGUUUGACUACAAUGCCCACCUGCGUCUUUCCCCUUGCAACAGCGCGGUCCGAAUUGAGGUUCAGAAGUACACAACCAAAGAUCCCCUUUUCGAACUCGUCAUACGGGUAUACCCCCGGAUCAGAAGUGCAUUCGUCUUGCCGGUAGGUGCGUGCACCGUGUACUGCGACUUGCGUGUUGACGAUAAGGAAGUGGGCGACAACGUAAGUUGGACGCUAGGCCCAAAGACAGACAUCAGGUACGACGGCUAUGACCGAAGCCUCAUUGAGAAAGUAAAAGACUGGGUAGGAUCACUGUUCAAGAGAGAGACACCGGACGAACCUACAUGCAGGCGGCAGUUUCGGUGGAGGGCGACAUCAAAAGAUUCAGUCUCCCAGGCUAUACUGGAGAUGAGCAAAAGCACUGAUGGACACAAUGAUUGGAAGAAUGUCGGGAACCAUGAGUUUAAUUGGGACCAUGGUGUGUGUAAAAUAUUUCUGAACGAGGAACUGGAGAUGCAAGUUGCGCAGGCGGCGGGUAUAUGGGCGGUCACGGCACUUUGCCAGGACAGAUGGCCGUUUGAUCAAGUGAGACAGGACGCAGAACGAAUUUGGAAGGAGCGCUGGGAGAAGCACAGGGAGGAAGAGAGCGGGAGAGGAAUGCACAGGCGGAGGGAGAAAGAGAGAGUCCUGGAGAGUGAGAAAAAGGAGCUUGAGGCGCCGAGUUUCCCGUCCCCAAAGUCGAAUGACACCAUGGGAGCUAACAACGUCGAUGUUUCCUGCGCUGAGGAUGAGACGUUUGAAUCUAGAUAG